CCCGCCUGCUGUGUCACCUCUUGAAUCCCACUGGACGGAGGUCUUUCUCCCCACCUCUGCCUGGGCUGCCGGCUGAACAUCGACUCCCAAGGGCCCGCGGAACAAGAUGUUUGCCAGGGUCUCCCAAGGGGUCGCUCAGCGACCAGCACAUUCUGUUCAUUAAAAACAAGAACUAUAUGUAACGUGAUGCCCGUAGUUGAUGACUCUAUUGUAUAAUUGAAAUUCACUAGGAGAGUAGAAUUGAAAUGUUCUCACCAAGAAAAAGUAAAUAACGUGUGAGCUGAUAGAUGUGCUAAUUAACUAGGUGGGAGGAAGCCUUUCUCAGUGGAACGUGUAGUACACUUUCAAUAUUUUACCGUUUUAUUUGCUGAUUAUACCUCAAUUAAGCUGGAAAAGAAAUAGGCUGAACCUGAGACGGCAAGGGUCCGGGGAGGGCGGGUCUGGCUGAGGCUCUGCGGGCCCUGCCUGGAGCUGGUUAGAGCACACAGGUGCCCAGCUUGAAACACAGCCCCACCCCCCCAUGCCAAAAAUGGGGCACAGAUGGCGGCCAAGUCCCAGACCACGGUAUUUCCACGUGGCUGUUACGCAGAAGCAGAUCACUGGCGGGAGGGCUGCUGCCUGGUUGUCUGGUCUCCUGGGGCCUGGGUGCAGAGACCAUUGGUGAUGCUGGUGCACCAGCCCUUUGGGUGCUCGGGGCCACUCUGGUCCACAGCCACCAGCUGGAAAGUGGCCCAGGCAGGAUUUGGGCCCUUCUGCGGCAUCCAUCCUGGGAGAGAAGCUUCAUCUCCUCCAUCCCCCAGAAGCCCCCCAGUGCCCACGCCAUGAAGGAGGAGGCCUUUCUGCGACGACGCUUCUCACUGUGUCCGCCCUCCUCCACCCCUCAGAAAGUCGAUCCCCGGAAACUCAGCCGCAACCUGCUCUUGGGUGGAGAGAAUGAGCUCGACUCUCUGGGUCCAGGGAAGGACAUGGAGCCCAACAGCCCAUCGCCGCCCAGAGAUGAAGGGCCCCCGACCCCAGGCUCUGCCACGAAGGUGCCACCGCUCCUUUCAGCCGCAUCUGGUGGAAAGCUGGGCGGCAGGGAAUCGGCAGAGGGUUCAUUCACUCAUUCACUCAUUCAUCCAUUCAUCCAAGAUGCUCACCGAGCUCCCAGCCGCUGGUGCCAAGGGGAUGCUGGGAUGAAGCCGAGCCCAGUGGAGCUCUCGACAGCGGAAUACAGGCUGUGCAAUGGGUCCGACAGGGAAUGUGUAUCCCCGACAGCCAAGGUCACCAAGAAGGAAGCUCUCAAGGCACAGAAGGAGAGCUACCGCCAGGAGAAGAAGCGCGCCACCAAGCAGCUGCUCAGCGCCUUGACAGACCCCAGCGUAGUCAUCAUGGCCGACAGCCUGAAGAUCCGUGGGACCCUGAAGAGUUGGACCAAACUGUGGUGCGUGCUGAAGCCGGGGGUGCUGCUCAUCUACAAGACGCCCAAGGUGGGCCAGUGGGUGGGCACGGUCCUGCUGCACUGCUGCGAACUCAUUGAGAGGCCCUCUAAGAAGGACGGCUUCUGCUUCAAGCUCUUCCACCCGCUGGACCAGUCCGUCUGGGCUGUGAAGGGCCCCAAAGGUGAGAGCGUGGGCUCCAUCACACAGCCCCUCCCCAGCAGCUACCUGAUCUUCAGGGCCGCCUCCGAGUCGGACGGCCGCUGCUGGCUGGACGCCCUGGAGCUGGCACUGCGCUGCUCCAGCCUCCUGCGACUCAGCACAUGCAGGCAGGGCCGCGACGGGGAGCCCGGGUCCUCGCCAGAUGCAUCACCCUCCUCGCUCUGUGGGCUGCCCGCCUCGGCCGCCGUCCACGACCAGGACCUGUUCCCACUGAACGGGUCUUCCCUGGAGAACGACGCUUUCUCGGACAAGUCAGAGAGAGAGAACGCUGAGGACUCAGAUAAGGAGACCCAGGACCGCAGGCGGAAGGCCGAGAGCGGGGGCGAGCCGUCGGAGGCCCCGGGGCGCCCCGCGCGCAGAGGGACCACGUACGUGGUACAGGAACACGAGGACCUGGGGGAGCUGGGCGAGGCAUCGCAGGUAGAGACGGUGUCUGACGAGAACAAGAGUCUGAUGUGGGUCCUGCUGAAGCAGCUGCGGCCGGGCAUGGACCUGUCCCGCGUGGUGCUGCCCACCUUCGUCCUGGAGCCCCGCUCCUUCCUCAACAAGCUCUCCGACUACUACUACCACGCCGACCUGCUCUCCAGGGCCGCACUGGAGGAGGACGCCUACAGCCGGAUCAAGCUUGUGCUGCAGUGGUACCUGUCCGGCUUCUACAAGAAGCCCAAGGGGAUCAAGAAGCCCUACAACCCCAUUCUGGGGGAGACCUUCCGCUGCUGCUGGUUCCACCCCCAGAACCACAGCCACACCUUCUACAUAGCUGAGCAGGUGUCCCACCACCCCCCCGUGUCCGCCUUCCACGUCAGCAACCGAAAGGACGGCUUCUGCAUCAGCGGCAGUAUCACAGCCAAGUCCCGGUUCUACGGGAACUCACUGUCAGCUCUGCUGGAUGGCAAGGCCACCCUCACCUUCCUGAACCGGGUGGAGGAUUACACCCUUACCAUGCCCUACGCCCACUGCAAAGGCAUUCUCUACGGCACCAUGACCAUGGAGCUGGGCGGCAGAGUGACCGUCGAGUGUGAGAAGAACAACUUCCAGGCUGAGCUGGAAUUCAAGCUCAAGCCCUUCUUCGGGGGCAGCACGAGCAUCAACCAGAUCUCCGGGAAGAUCACAUCGGGCGAGGAGGUCCUGGCGCGGCUCACGGGACACUGGGACAGGGAAGUGUUCAUCAAGGAGGAGGGCAGAGGAGGCGCCGAGCUCUUCUGGAACCCGAGCGAGGAGGUCCGCGGGCAGCGGCUGAAGCGGCACACGGUGCCUUUGGAGGAGCAGACAGAGCUGGAGUCGGAGCGGCUCUGGCAGCACGUCACCAGGGCCAUCAGCGAGGGUGACCAGCACAAAGCCACACAGGAGAAGUUUGCCCUGGAGGAGGCACAGCGGCAUCAGGCCCGAGAGCGCCAGCAGAACCUGGUGCCCUGGACGCCGCAGCUGUUCCACCUGGACCCCACCACCCAGGAGUGGCGCUACCGAUACGAGGACCACAGCCCCUGGGACCCCCUGAAGGACAUUGCCCAGUUUGAGCAAGACGGGGUCCUGCACACCCUGCAGCGGGAGACCAUGGCCGGCCAGACCACCUUCCUGGGCAGCCCGGGGCCCAGGCACCAGGGGUCUGGCCCCGACCGGCGGCUCCGCAAGGCCAGCGACCAGCCGUCUGGCCACAGCCAGGCCACCGAGAGCAGCGGCUCCACGCCCGAGUCCUGCCCAGAGCUCUCUGACGAGGAGGAGGACCGUGACUUCGCUCCCGGCUGCAAGAGCCCGUGCCCUCGGUGUGGGAAGGAAGCGUGGCGGCUGCAGUUGCUGCACGAGGGGAUCCUGUCCAUCCGGGAGGCCCAGCAGGAGCUACAUAGGUGGGCCAUGCUCGGGGGUCCAGCCGGGGCUCCGGGUCAGAGAGCAGGAGAGCCAGAGCCGGCGGGGGGUGAGGGCAGGCGUUCACCUGCACUGUCACUUGGGCUAGAACCCUCAGGACUUCAGCCAGUCUGGCUACUGGGCGAGGACAGGGGACCUCCUGGGUUCUGCCCUCUGCGAGGGGCGGGCAGGGCAGAACGCGGCGUGUGAACAGGCUGAGCUGGCAAGGAGGAUGCUGGGUCUGGCGGGGGCUUGAUGGAGUCCAGGUGAACCAGGGCAGGGCUGCCCGUGCUUGUGGCGGGUGGAGCAGACAGAAGCUGGAAGGAGGUGCUGCCAGCACCGGCUCCCCCGAGGAUGCCUCCUACCGCCCCGCGGUGGCCCCAGCUCCAAGAAUAGUGGGUCCUCGGGAACAGCUGGGUGAGUCAUCACGGGGAAGACUGGGAACACACUCUAUUUGCCGGCACCAGGAGGCAGAGCCCUGCUUGCCAGCUCUGCCCCAGAGCCAGGCUCCCGGCUCCAGCAGGGCUGCAGGACUCCCGGCCUGUGGGACCUCGGGCUGUCCCUGCCUCAGUCUCCCCAUCUGUGAACUGGGGUGACAGCAGUGGCCCUGGGGCGGGAAGAGGAUGGAGCAGAGGGAUGAGCUCUGUGCCUGGCACCCAGCGAGCACUUAACCAGCUGUUAGCAUCGGAGCCACCCUCGGAAGCCUAGAAUUUCAUGCCUGUGACCCACCCAUAUGCGGCAUAGAGGCGUUUCACACCGUUUUAGCACCCCACUCCACUGCAGGCUGUGUGGGGCUGAGAGAGGGAGAGGAAUGCUGUCUCCAUGGUCAGGGAGGGCUUCCUGGAGGAGGAUGCAGGUGGGCAGGGAGGAGCUGCAAAGGGGGAGAGCAGAGGCCAGCACUGAGAGCAGAGGGCACCACAGGUGGGCCGCUGUCGGGAGAAGGGCGAGUCAGGUGAGGGGGCGGAGAUGGUGGAGCUGAGCCCAGAGGCCGUGGGAGCCGGGGGGGGGGGUGUCGGGGUGGCCAUCUAGCACCACAGGAGGAGACUAGCUGCGAGGCGGGUGGCUGGGAGAACCGCCGGAAGCUUCUGCUGAGGUCCAGACACACACUGACGUCAGAGUCCAGGGCGGGGCUGUGGGUUUCCUGGGCUGCCAUACAGAGUACCACAGGGAAGCAGCUUCAACCACAGACAUUUACCUCUCCCAAUCCUGGAGGCUGGCAGUCCAAGAUCAGUGCAGGGCUGGUUCCUCCUGAGGCCUCUCCUCGGCGUGUAGACGGCCGUCUUCUCCCUGGUCCUCACGGGGUCGUCCCUCUGUGUGUGUCUGUGUCCUGACCUACUCUUCUUAUAAGGACAGCAGUCCUACGGGAUUAGGGCCCAUCCUAGUGGCCGCAUUUUACUUUAUUCACCUCUUUAAAGGUCACAUCUCCAAAUACAGUUGCAUUCUGGGGCGCUGGGGGUCAGGAUUCCAACAGAGGAUUUUGGGGGACACAGUUCAGCCCAUAACAAUGGAGGUGGGAGGGAGGAUGUAAGAGGCCCAGCUCCCCCAGCCUUGACCCCCCUCCCCGGAAUGUGUGCCCAGGAAGCGCAGUGCAGCCACUGGGCCCUGGGUCCCUCCCCCCCUUGCACCCCGGGGCAGGGACGUGCCACCCUGCCUGGGCUGGCCCCAGCUGAACUGCGGUGCCCUAUCA